CCGAGUCGCCGUCCGGCCCAGCCCGGACUCCGCGAGCCGCCCAGAGUUCCGCCCGGGGCGGGCUGACACCGCAGCGCGCGGGCUCCGGCGGUCCGUAGCAGAGGGCGCGGCUGGCCGGGACCCCGGCCCGAGGCGGAGGCCCGCGGGAGGUCGUUGCAGCUCCGCGCUGCGCCGCACGUGCGGAGACCCGCCCCGAGUGCCAUGGCGCGCGGUUCCCCCGGCCCUCGCGCGUCCCUUUAGCGGCGGCGGCGGGACCCCGGACUGCCCCCGGGCCGCGGGGCAUGGAGCCGCACGCGCUGGGCGCCGGGCUCUAUUGGCUGUUGCUGCCCUGCACGCUCCUGGCGGCCUCCCUGUCACGCUUCAAUGUCCUCUCGCUGGUCUAUUUGCUGUUUCUGCUGCUGCUGCCCUGGCUUCCGGGCCCCUCAAGACACAGCAUACCAGGCCACACAGGUCGCCUACUUCGUGCACUGCUCUGCCUCAGCCUUCUCUUCCUGGUGGCCCACCUGGCCUUCCAGAUAUGCCUACACACCGUGCCUCGCCUGGACCAGCUUCUGGGGCAAAACUGCAGCCUUUGGGAGAAGGUGUCUCAACACAUAGGGAUUACAAGGCUGGAGCUGAACGACAUCUUUAACACCACCAUGCUGGUGGCGCCUGACCUGGUCGUACUAGUGGUGUCCUCCCUUUGCCUUGGCCUCUGUGGACGCCUCACAAGGAAAGCCCGGCAGAGCCAGCGCACCCAGGAGCUGCAGGGUGAGGACGAUGCAGAUGCUGCCCCAGCAGCAGGGCCACAGGCAGCCCCUGGCCUGGCCACCAAGCGCAGGCCGUGGCUGGCCUCCCGCUUCCAGGUCACAGCCCACUGGCUGCUGGUGGCCACUGGACGGAUGCUGACCAUUGUCCUGUUGGCGCUGGCAGGCAUAGCCCACCCAUCUGCCUUCUCCAGUGUCUACCUGCUGGUCUUCCUGGCCAUCUGCACGUGGUGGGCCUGCCACUUUCCUCUCAGCCCCCUGGGCUUUAACACACUCUGUGUCAUGGUGAGCUGCUUUGGCGCCGGCCAUCUCAUUUGCCUCUACUGCUACCAGACACCCUUUAUCCAGAACAUGCUACCGCCUGGCAGCAUCUGGGCCAGGGUGUUCGGUCUCAAGAACUUCAUAGACCUGCCCGGCUGCUCUAGCCCCAACGUGCUGGCGCUCAACACUAAGCAUGCCUGGCCCGUCUACGUGAGCCCCGGCAUCCUGCUGCUGCUGUACUACACAGCCACCUCUCUCCUGAAGCUCCGGAAGAGCCGUGCCCCAGACCCGAGGAAGGAGGCACCUAGUGGGGAUGAGGAACAUGAACUGGAACUGGAUCAGCUGGAGCCGGAGCCCCAGGCUGGGGAUGCCACCCAGGGUGUGACGCCCACGUCCACAGAACCUGACGCUGACAACUGCACUGUGCAUGUCCUAAGCAGCCAGAGCCCCGUCCGCCAUCGUCCCGCACGCCCCAGGAUGGCCGAGCUGAAAGAGAUGUCACCGCUGCACGGCCUGGGCCACCUCAUCAUGGACCAGAGCUAUGUGUGUGCCCUGAUUGCCAUGAUGGUGUGGAGCAUCACGUACCACAGCUGGCUGACCUUCGUGCUGCUGCUCUGGGCCUGCCUCAUCUGGACUGUGCGCAGCCGCCACCAGUUUGCCAUGCUGUGCUCGCCCUUCAUCCUGCUGUACGGGCUGACGCUGUGCUGCCUGCGCUACGUGUGGGCCAUGGAGCUCCCCGAGCUGCCCACCACCCUGGGCCCUGUCAGCCUGCACCAGCUGGGGUUGGAGCACACCCGCUACCCCUGCCUGGACCUUGGUGCCAUGCUGCUCUAUCUGCUCACAUUCUGGCUCCUGGUACGUCAAUUCGUGAAGGAGAAGCUGCUGAAGAAGGCCAAGGUGCCCGCUGCGCUGCUGGAGGUCACCGUGGCGGAUACGGAGCCCACACAGACGCAGACGCUGCUGCAGAGCCUGGGGGAGCUGGUGAAAGGCGUCUACGCCAAGUACUGGAUCUACGUGUGCGCCGGCAUGUUCAUCGUGGUCAGCUUUGCCGGCCGCCUGGUGGUCUACAAAAUCGUCUACAUGUUCCUUUUCCUGCUGUGCCUCACACUGUUCCAGGUCUACUACAGCCUGUGGAGGAAGCUGCUCCGCGUCUUCUGGUGGCUCGUGGUGGCCUACACCAUGCUGGUGCUCAUCGCAGUCUACACUUUCCAGUUCCAGGACUUCCCCACCUACUGGCGCAACCUCACCGGCUUCACGGAUGAGCAGCUGGGGGACAUGGGCCUGGAGCAGUUCAGCGUGUCGGAGCUCUUCUCCAGCAUCCUCAUCCCCGGCUUCUUCCUGCUGGCCUGCAUCCUCCAGCUGCACUACUUCCACCGGCCCUUCAUGCAACUCACGGACCUCGAGCACGCGCCCCCACCGGGCACCCGCCGCCCUCGAUGGGCUCACAGGCAGGACGCAGUGAGCGAGGCCCCUCUGCUGCAGCAUCAGGAGGAGGAGGAGGAAGUCUUCAGGGAUGAUGGGCUGGGUGUGGAUGGGCCCCACCAGGCCCCACAGGUCCUCGAGGGUGCAGCCAGCAAGUGGGGCCUGGUGGCUGACCGCCUGCUGGACCUAGCGGCCAGCUUCUCGGAUGUCCUCACCCGAAUCCAGGUGUUUGUACGGCGCUUGCUGGAGCUGCACAUCUUCAAGCUAGUGGCCCUCUACACGGUCUGGGUGGCCCUGAAAGAAGUGUCUGUGAUGAACCUGCUGCUGGUGGUGCUGUGGGCCUUCGCUCUGCCCUAUCCACGCUUCCGGCCCAUGGCCUCCUGCCUGUCCACCGUGUGGACCUGUAUCAUCAUUGUGUGCAAGAUGCUCUAUCAGCUCAAGAUUGUCAACCCGCAAGAAUACUCCAGCAACUGCACUGAGCCCUUCCCCAACAGUACCAACCUGCAGCCCAUGGAGAUCAACCAGUCUUUGCUGUACCGUGGCCCUGUGGACCCUGCCAACUGGUUCGGGGUGCGAAAGGGCUACCCCAACCUGGGCUAUAUCCAGAACCACCUGCAGAUCCUCCUGCUGCUGGUGUUUGAGGCUGUGGUAUACAGGCGCCAAGAGCACUACCGCCGGCAGCACCAGCAGGCCCCUCUGCCUGCCCAGGCCGUGUGUGUAGGCGGCACCCGCCAGAGGCUAGACCAGGACCUCCUUAGCUGCCUCAAAUACUUCAUCAACUUCUUCUUCUACAAAUUCGGGCUGGAGAUCUGCUUCCUGAUGGCCGUGAACGUGAUCGGGCAGCGCAUGAACUUCAUGGUGAUCAUCCACGGCUGCUGGUUGGUGGCCAUCCUUACGCGCCGGCGCCGUGAGGCCAUCGCCCGCCUCUGGCCCAAUUACUGCCUGUUCCUCACAUUGUUCCUGCUGUACCAGUACCUGCUGUGCCUGGGCAUGCCACCCGCGCUCUGCAUUGACUACCCAUGGCGCUGGAGCCAGGCCAUCCCCAUGAAUUCUGCUCUCAUCAAGUGGCUGUACCUGCCUGACUUCUUCAGAGCGCCCAACUCCACCAACCUUAUCAGUGACUUCCUCCUGCUGCUGUGCGCCUCCCAGCAGUGGCAGGUGUUCUCGGCCGAGCGGACGGAGGAGUGGCAGCGCAUGGCCGGCCUCAACACUGACCACCUGGAGCCCCUGCGUGGGGAGCCCAACCCUGUACCCAGCUUCAUCCACUGCAGGUCCUACCUGGAUAUGCUGAAGGUGGCCGUCUUCCGGUACCUGUUCUGGCUGGUGCUUGUGGUGGUGUUCGUCACGGGGGCCACCCGCAUCAGCAUUUUUGGGCUGGGGUACCUGCUGGCCUGCUUCUACUUGCUGCUCUUCGGCACUGCCCUGCUGCAGAAGGACACAGGAGCCCAACUCGUGCUGUGGGACUGCCUUAUCCUCUAUAACGUCACAGUCAUCAUCUCCAAGAACAUGCUGUCGCUCCUGUCCUGUGUCUUCGUGGAGCAAAUGCAGAGCAACUUCUGCUGGGUCAUCCAGCUCUUCAGCCUCGUGUGCACAGUGAAGGGCUACUACGAUCCCAAAGAGAUGAUGAUCAGGGACCGGGACUGCCUGCUGCCCGUGGAGGAGGCGGGGAUCAUCUGGGACAGCAUCUGCUUCUUCUUCCUGCUUCUGCAGCGGCGCAUCUUCCUCAGCCACUAUUUCCUGCACGUCAGCGCUGAUCUCAAGGCCACUGCCCAGCAGGCCUCCAGGGGCUUUGCCCUCUACAACGCAGCCAACCUCAAGAGCAUCAACUUCCACCGCCAGGCUGAGGAGAAGUCCCUGGCCCAGCUCAAAAGACAGAUGAAGCGCAUCCGUGCCAAACAGGAGAAGUACAGGCAGAGCCAGGCGAGCCGUGGCCAGCUUCAGUCCACAGACCCCCAGGAUCCCAGCCAGGAGCCAGGGCCUGACAGCCCAGGGGGCUCCUCCCUGCCACGGAGACAGUGGUGGCGCCCCUGGCUGGACCACGCCACAGUCAUCCACUCUGGGGACUACUUCCUGUUUGAGUCGGACAGCGAGGAGGAGGAGGAGGCCCUGCCUGAGGACUCCAGGCCUGCAGCGCAGAGUGCCUUCCAGAUGGCAUACCAGGCCUGGGUAACCAACGCCCAGACAGUGUUGAGGCAGCGUCGGGAACGGGCGCAGCAGGAGCGGACGGGACAGCUGGCUUCUGGAGGUGACUUGAGCCAGGAGGUAGAGCCAGUAGAGGCCCCAGAGGAUGAAAUGGCGGGCAGAAGCCAUGUGAUGCAGCGUGUGCUGAGCACCAUGCAGUUCCUGUGGGUGCUGGGCCAGGCCACAGUCGAUGGGCUGACGCGCUGGCUGUGCGCGUUCACGAAACAUCACCGUACCAUGAGCGACGUGCUGCGUGCAGAGCGCUACCUGCUCACCCAGGAGCUUCUCCGGGGUGGAGAGGUACGCCGAGGCGUGCUAGACCAGCUUUAUGUGAGCGAAGCCGAGACCACCCUGUCAGCUCCCGCUGAGACCCGUGAUGGGCCCAGCACAGCCUCAAGUGGGCUGGGAGCCGAAGAGCCUUUGAGUAGCAUGACAGACGACACCAGCAGCCCCCUGAGCACAGGCUAUAACACCCGCAGUGGCAGUGAGGAGAUUAUCACUGAUGCUGGGGACCUCCAGCCUGGGACCUCCCUGCAUGGUUCCCAGGAGCUUCUAGCCAAUGCUCGUAGGCGGACGCGUACAGCCAGUGAGCUGCUGCUGGACAGGCGUAUGCGCAUCCCGGAGCUGGAGGAGGCCGAGCAGUUCGAAGCACAGCAGGGCCGGACUCUGCGGCUGCUGAGCGCCGUGUACCAGUGUGUGGCAGCACACUCGGAACUGCUUUGCUACUUCAUCAUCAUCCUCAACCACAUGGUGACGGCCUCGGCUGCCUCCCUGGUGCUGCCAGUGCUCAUUUUCCUGUGGGCCAUGCUGACCAUCCCAAGGCCCAGCAAGCGCUUCUGGAUGACAGCUAUCGUCUUCACUGAGGUCAUGGUGGUCACCAAGUACCUGUUCCAGUUUGGCUUCUUCCCCUGGAACAGCCACGUGGUGCUGCGGCGCUAUGAGAACAAACCCUACUUCCCUCCACGCAUCCUGGGCCUUGAGAAAACUGACAGCUACAUCAAGUACGACCUGGUGCAGCUCAUGGCCCUCUUCUUCCACCGCUCGCAGCUGCUGUGCUAUGGCCUCUGGGACCAUGAGGAGGAUCGAUUCUCCAAGGACCAUUGUAGGGAUAGUGAGAAGGACCAGGAGGCCAAGGAAGAGUCAGAAGCCAUGCUGGAACCACAGCCUGAGACAGGCACUGGGCAUCCCGAAGAACUGGUGUUGGCUGACCUCCCCAGGGACCGCAUCCAAGGGAAAGGGAGGAUUAGAGCCAAGGAUGGGGUCCAAGAGCCCCGAGAGGACCUUAAGCCCCAGCACACGAAGCACAUCAGCAUACGCUUCAGGAGGAGGAAGGCGACCCCAGGACCCAAAGGAGCUGCAGCCGUGGGUGAGAGCCCCAGGAGGGUAGGAGACACAGAUGACCCUUCAGUUGGAGAUGGCCAGCCCAGCACGAGGACAACCCACGGGGAAGCACACAACUGCUCAUCGGAGGCUGAGCAGGAGGAGGGGGAGGAAGAAAAAGAAGCUGCAGGGAGAAAGAGCCCAGCUCAGACUCGAGAAAGACUGAAGGUUCAGGAGAGAAUGAAAGCAGCUGGGCGCUGGCUGCAGAGUUUCUGCCUGUCGCUGGCCCGGAGCAUCUAUCAGCCCCUACGGCGCUUCUUCCAUGACAUUCUGCACACCAAGUACCGAGCAGCCACUGAUGUCUAUGCUCUCAUGUUCCUGGCCGACAUUGUUGAUUUCAUCAUCAUCAUCUUUGGUUUUUGGGCUUUUGGGAAGCACUCUGCGGCCACGGACAUUGCGUCCUCACUGUCAGAUGACCAGGUGCCGGAGGCCUUCCUGUUCAUGCUUCUGGUCCAGUUCAGCACCAUGGUCAUCGACCGUGCCCUCUACCUGCGCAAGACUGUACUGGGCAAGCUGGCCUUUCAGGUGGUCCUGGUGGUAGCCAUCCACCUUUGGAUGUUCUUCAUCUUACCAGCUGUCACUGAGAGGAUGUUCAGCCAGAAUGCGGUGGCCCAGCUGUGGUACUUCGUGAAGUGCAUCUACUUUGCCCUGUCUGCCUACCAGAUCCGCUGUGGAUACCCCACACGUAUCCUGGGCAACUUCCUGACCAAGAAGUACAAUCAUCUAAACCUCUUCCUUUUCCAGGGGUUCCGGCUAGUGCCCUUCCUGGUGGAGCUGCGGGCAGUCAUGGACUGGGUGUGGACUGACACCACGCUGUCCCUGUCCAACUGGAUGUGUGUGGAAGACAUCUACGCCAACAUCUUUAUCAUCAAGUGCAGUCGAGAGACAGAGAAGAAAUACCCGCAGCCCAAAGGACAGAAGAAGAAGAAGAUCGUCAAGUAUGGGAUGGGCGGCCUCAUUAUCCUCUUCCUCAUUGCCAUCAUCUGGUUCCCACUGCUCUUCAUGUCACUGAUACGCUCUGUGGUCGGUGUUGUCAACCAGCCCAUCGAUGUCACUGUCACCCUCAAGUUAGGUGGCUACGAGCCACUGUUCACCAUGAGUGCCCAGCAGCCGUCCAUCGUGCCUUUCACGGCCCAGGACUAUGAGGAGCUAUCCCAGCAGUUCGACCCCCACCCACUGGCCAUGCAGUUCAUCAGCCAGUACAGUCCGGAGGACAUCGUCACCGCACAGAUCGAGGGCAGCUCCGGGGCACUGUGGCGCAUCAGCCCCCCGAGCCGCGCCCAGAUGAAGCAGGAGCUGUACAACGGCACAGCCGACAUUACACUGCGCCUCACCUGGAAUUUCCAAAGGGACCUGGCCAAGGGCGGCACUGUGGAGUAUACCAAUGAGAAGCACACCUUGGAGCUGGCCCCCAACAGCACAGAACGGAGGCAGCUGGCCCAACUGCUCGAGGGCAGGCCUGACCAGUCAGUGGUCAUUCCCCACCUCUUCCCCAAGUACAUCCGUGCUCCCAAUGGGCCCGAAGCCAACCCUGUGAAGCAGCUGCAGCCAGAUGAGGAGGCCGACUAUCUUGGUGUGCGUAUCCAGCUGCGGAGGGAGCAAGUGGGCACAGGGGCCUCUGGGUCGCAGGCAGGCACAAAGGCCUCUGACUUCCUCGAAUGGUGGGUGAUUGAGCUGCAGGACUGCCAGGCUGACUGCAACCUGCUGCCCAUGGUCAUCUUCAGUGACAAGGUCAGCCCGCCGAGCCUCGGCUUCCUGGCUGGCUACGGGAUUGUGGGGCUCUACGUGUCCAUCGUGCUGGUCAUUGGCAAGUUUAUGCGGGGCUUCUUCAGUGAGAUCUCGCACUCCAUCAUGUUCGAGGAGCUGCCAUGUGUGGACCGCAUCCUCAAGCUGUGCCAGGACAUCUUCUUAGUGCGGGAGACCCGGGAGCUGGAGCUGGAGGAGGAGCUGUACGCCAAGCUCAUCUUCCUGUACCGCUCCCCAGAGACCAUGAUCAAGUGGACGCGUGAGAGGGAGUAGCAGCCCAGCUCCUGGGCACCGGGAAUGAAGGAGCUGCCCCAGGGCAGCAUGGCCACCAGGGGUGGCAGAGCUCCUUGGACUGGAGUGUAGCUGCCUGACGCCACGAGCUGUGACACGUCCCCCUGGCCCACAAAAGCCCUGACGAUGCUGCUGUUAAAGGGACGCUGUGUCCCUACCUGUUGCGUCCCCGCCUGUUGGGCUGGGGGCCCAGUGUAGCCCAGGGCUAGCCACACUGGGUCUGGGGGCCUGGCUCUCCCUUCCCACAAGUACUGUAGAGUUUUCUAAGUAAAAACAUUUUUAUUUAUACAAA